AGCGUCUGGCUGACGCGGAUUAGCGGGACAAUAUGGAGAGUCUGACAACUGAGAAACGCAUCACGGACGGUCUACGUUUUCUGGAGGACAAAAAUGUGAGGUUUGCUGUUGUGAAACUUAUUUCUUGCAAUGGAGCGGAGAGUAACUCAUUCAUAGACGCUAGAUGCGGGUUUGAAGUGUUACAGGAAAAUAACAAAGUUCCAUCAUUUCUCCCAUUUACAGUGAUGUUUGAAAAAGGAGUUUCUUUCCUAAAAAGACUGGAAAAUGCUAACAGUGAGGGGAUAGAGCAGCUGCAAUAUACCAUUAAAGAGGCUCUGUUGUGCCUUGACAAGUUUUACGCGACAAAAGGAAAAAAUGAAUCUUCUUUAAGAAAGGUCUUGGAUAUGAGGCAAGAUGAGAAAUCUGCCAUCACAGAGACAGAUAUCACUAUUGCAUUUGCUGAGCAUUUGCUGGGGAAGCUAGCACCUGACAAAUCAUACACACUUGAUAGCAGAAAGGAAAAGAAGAGCUGCAGGUGUGGGUGUAAAAAGGAACCAACUUAUUCUUGUACAGGAAUAGGUCAUGAAUUAAUGUGGCAUGGCUUCAUUGAUAUUGUCUUCUCAUCACACCAAGGAAUACCAGCAAUAGCCAAUGUUGUGGUGGAGAAAGAAGAAAUCACUCCCUUAAAAAGAAAACUAGAUGAAGAAGAUGAUGAGCAGAAUGAAGUUUCACUGGAUAGAGGAACAAAAACAGAGGAAAAAAAACAUACUCUAGAACAGGCAUUCGCUCAGACAAUUGUAUUUUCAUUGGUUCAAAAACAAAGACACCCAGAUUCCUUGGAUCACAUGGUAGCAAACAUUGUGAUUUCCCCGGAAAAGUUUGAAAUAGUGAUAUAUGACGCCGAUAAUGAUAUUUUGCUAUGCAGCAAUUCUAUUUUCUUAUUCAACCUGGAUCUUCCUGAAAACAGAACAUUAACAAACGAAGCAGUUGUCAUUCUUUGGAUGGUCCUACACUACAGAAUCUUUUGUUCUGGAUUUAAUAAUGCCAGUCAUGAAGUACUUGAAAGAUGCAAGUCAAAUUUUAAGAAACUUGUUGGAAGCAGAUGGGAUAUAUAUUCAAAUUCACUGAAAUAUUGUGUUUCAGGAUUUCCCUUCAUCAAAAAAUGGUCUGUAAAUGAAUUACUUCAACGUGGACAUCAGUUACACUUGUAUUAAUGGCUGUGUAAAUUAAUAGAAUGGCUUUUUUUUCUUUUCCAAUGAUUUUAUUUUACAUAAAAAAAAUGAUACUUUUUGAGAGCUUGCUCUUAUAGGUAUUAAUGGAAUGCAUUAAAACAGCAUAAAAGGUAAA